CAUCUCUAACGUCUCUCUAAUUCCAAUCUCACAUUCAAAUCUUCGUCUCCAAUUUCCUCCACCACCACCACCACCAACUUAUUCUUCUUCUUCUUCUUCCUCAACCCCUCUUUUCUUCAUUCAAAGAUGUCAGAGAACAGAUUCUUAGGCAACAUUUCAGCCUCAUCAAUCCGGAACCUCCUCCCGAAAUCAGUUUCAACUAAGAAAAAAUUGAAUUCAAGCCGCUUUAAACAUAAAAUGAACAGUGAAAAUGUUGCUCCUAUAGAUCCCAACAUUCAGAUCACCGAUCCCCCUCUUCUACCUACAAGUUCUAUCCUCAAAAAACCCGUGGUUGAUACUGAUUAUACAUCGGAAGAUCUCACCAGAUCUGAAGCCCUGGAACAAACUCUAGAAGCUCCUGACUCACCAGUCAAGGUAGUUGUAAGGAUUAGACCUGCCAAUGGUAAUGAGAGUGGAAGCCAAGCGGUUCGCAAAGUUUCUGAUACUUCAGUAUACGUUGCUGAUCGAAAGUUUAACUUUGACAUGGUUUUUGAUUCCAAUUCAACUCAGGAAGACAUAUUUCAAUCAGUUGGUGCCCCUUUAGUUAAGGAUGCAUUGGCAGGUUACAACACUUCUCUCUUAGCUUAUGGACAGACUGGAAGUGGCAAGACAUAUACGAUGUGGGGACCUCCUAGUUCCAUGGUUGAAGUUCCAUCACCUAUUGGUCUUCAAGGCAUUGUUCCGCGCAUUUUCCAGACGUUGUUUUCUAGUAUUCAGAGAGAGCAAGAGAACUCUGAAGGUAAACAGAUAAAUUACCAGUGUCGUUGCUCAUUCCUAGAGAUAUAUGAAGAACAUAUUGGGGAUCUACUCGAUCCUACACAGCGAAACUUAAAGAUAAUGGACGAUCCAAGGGUUGGAUUCUAUGUUGAAAACUUGACUGAAGAAUACGUGUCUACCUAUGAGGACGUCACCCAGAUAUUGAUUAAGGGCCUUUCAAGCAGAAAAGUUGGAUCAACGAACAUAAACUCGAAGAGUUCAAGGUCCCACAUUGUUUUUACCUGCAUCAUUGAAUCCUGGUGCAAGGAGUCCUCAUCAAAAUGUUUUGGUAGUUCAAAGAUGAGCAGAAUGAACCUUGUUGAUCUUGCUGGAUUUGAAAGAUUUAUACCUGAUGAUGCUAGUAAACUGUUUGUUAAGGAAGGGAAGCACGUAAAGAAGUCCACAUCACAGCUCGGGCGUUUGGUAAAUGUCCUUUCUGAAAGGAGCCAGUCAGGGAAAUUUGAUGAUGUUUCCUAUAGCAGUUCCGCUUUGACUCAUUUAAUGAGAGAAUCACUUGGAGGGAAUGCCAAACUCGCAGUGAUAUGUGCUGUCACCCCCGAAAACAAGCAUAAUAGUGAAACAAUAAGCACUCUCAGAUUUGGAAAACGGGUGAAACUCAUGCCAAAUGAGCCAUUGGUAAAUGAAAUAUCAGAAGAUGAUGUUAAUGGCCUGAGUGAUCAGAUUCGCCAACUGAAGGAAGAGCUAAUAAGAGCACGGUCAAGCACAAGCAUUUCAGUUGGAAGCAAUGGCUACUUCAGAGGACCAAAUGUACGUGAAAGCUUGAAUCAGUUGAGAGUGAGCCUUAACCGUUCACUGAUCUUACCUAGCAUAGAUAAUGAUCGUGAAGAAGAGAUUCACAUCAAUGAGGAUGAUAUAAAAGAACUACAACUCCAGAUUGAUAACUUACGUGGUUCACAUGGAGAUAACUCAAAAGAAACACUUGAGAAGAAAGACUCCCUAAAAUAUUCUUCUGGAGAAAGUGAACACUAUCUCAGCUGCUCAGAAGAGAGUGGAAAUGAAGAAAUUAACUCAGAAGAAACACUAGAGGAGACCCAAAAUAAUGCUGAUCAAGAGAUGGAAAUAAUGCAACCUGAGUACUGUAAUAGCAUCUCAAUCAGCCCACGUCGCGGUUCUGCUGUUCUUCAGGGCCCUGUGUUAUCUGAGUCGCCAAAGUUCCGAAGUACCCAGAGGAAAAGCUUAAUUGUCUCCAGUGAAGAUGAUAUCCAAUGUUCUUCCAAAAGUCCAGAGUUGUCUCCCCUACCACAAGGUGACCUCGUCCAGUCUUCUUUGAGGUCCAGCAGAAUAUUUCCUGGGCCAACUGAGUCCUUGGCUGCCAGUCUGCAUAGAGGUCUGGAGAUCAUUGACUAUCACCAGAGGAACUCCGCAUCAAAUAGAUCCUUAGUUUCCUUCUCUUUUGAACAUUUGGCAGUAAAACCAAGCCCAUUAUCAAAUGAUAAGGCCAACUCUUCUGUUCAAACAUCAUCGGCAGAGGGACUAACUUCUCGUUUUUUAGCUACUUCAUUUGUGUGUCCAAAGUGCAACAGGAAAGCAACUUCCUCUAGUGAUGUUCAGGGUAGCCUUCGGACAUCAUGGAUGGUCCCUGUGGAAGGGGCAAGUUCCGAUCAAGUGCCUGAAGACCCAGAGAAAGUUCUGUUCCAAGCUCUAGAGAGAGAGAAGCAGCUUGAAAGCGUAUGCAAGGAUCAAGCAGACAAAAUUGAGCAGCUAAACCAACGACUAGUCCAGUGUAAAUGCACAAUAGAACCAAGUUCCCUGAUUGAAUGUGGUAAGGUCGUUGAAUUCAAGGACUAUGAGAAGCAGGCUUCAAUAAUUUAUCAGAAUGGGAGUCAAUCACUAAACAACCCAAAGCUUCUGAAAUGGGAUGAUGAGGAAAGUCCUGAUCCUGAAGCUGUAAAAGAGAAGUAUGAAAUUAAAGAAAUUCAGGGCGAUGUGGAUCAUUGUGGUGGGAAAAGAUUGUUUGAUAUGGCUGAGAGAGAAACAUUACUAAAAGAAAUUGAAGGUUUAAGGUCCCAAUUGCAGUCACAUAAUGGAGCUUCUACAAAUAAAUCAAUUGAAAGAACCAGAUCCUCCUUAUUGGCACAAUCAAUGCAGCUGAGAAAAAGUGGUGCAUAUCCUAAAAGUUCUGGUGAAGAACUUGAGAAGGAAAGAGAAAGAUGGACCGAAAUGGAGAGCGAGUGGAUUUGUUUAACUGAUGAACUGAGAAUUGAUCUCGAGGCUCACCGCCGGCGUGCAGAAAAGGUGGCAAUGGAACUGAUGUUGGAGAAGAAGUGCACAGAAGAGUUGGAUGAUGCCCUCAAAAGAUCCGUCCUUGGGCAAGCCAGAAUGAUUGAGCAUUAUGCGGAAUUACAGGAUAAAUACAACGACUUAGCUGAGAAGCAUAAGUUGAUCUUGCAGGGGAUACAAGAUGUGAAAAUGGCUGCAGCAAAAGCAGGAAGAAAAGGUCAUGGUGCUCGUUUUGCCAAGUCUCUCGCUGCGGAGCUCUCAGCUUUGAGAGUGGAAAGGGAGAGGGAGAGGGAAAUGCUGAAAAAGGAGAAUAGAAGCCUUAGAGCUCAACUUAAAGACACUGCUGAAGCUGUUCACGCUGCUGGAGAACUUCUUGUUAGGUUGAGAGAAGCAGAGGAAACAGCUUCAGUUGCUGAGGAAAACUUUACAAAAUCAAAGGAAGAGAAUGAGAAAUUAAAGAAGCAAAUAGAGAAGCUGAAGAGAAAACAUAAGAUGGAGAUGAUAACAAUGAAACAGUAUCUUGCUGAGAGCCGAUUGCCAGAAGCAGCAUUGAGGCCGCCAUUGUACAGGGAGGACUCAGAUGUAGCAAACAGUGAAACCGUCCAACAUCAUGAAUAUGAUGAUGAUCAAGCAUGGAGAGCAGAAUUUGGUGCCAUUUACCAGGAACGCAUAUGACCUUGGAGACCAGGCAAAAAUAGGCAAGACCCUGCUCGGGACUUUGCUGACAAAAUGUGCUCUCCUCUUAUCAUUUCCUUUUAUCUUUUAUCUUUUGUUACUAUUUAGGCUGAAUACAGCAUUCUUAUUGAUCUUCAUCAUUCUUUUACAAGACAAGAUUGACCAGAUUUGACAUUUGUUGAGCUGUUUUCUUCAGCUUGUUUAUAAUAAUGCUUGAUGUUUCAUUUUUA